AAUCAGAUUUACAAAAAUCAGAUUUGCAAAAAUCAGAUUCUCAAAAAUCAAAUUCUCAAGAAUUAUACCCACAAGAUUCAUAUUCUUUAGAUUUAUAUUUUUUUUAUUCUCAAAAUUUUAAUAGUAACUAA